AUGGAGGAACAGAGGAGCCAGAUUUCAAGAGUGGCAGGGCAGCGAGGCUCUAGCUUCCAGGUUGGAGAUGGGGACAGUGGGGACAGUGCCCUGCCCCGAGCCUCUGCUGUUGGGCAGCUGGGCCAAGUUGACUGUCUCAGCCACCAGCAGGAUGAAGUUCCCCAGCUGACAGUGGCCCCACAGCAAUAGAGGCGCAGCCUUUAGGAGGAGGAGUGACCAGCAGGAUCUCGUAGAUCAGAAUAUACUGGAGCCUGUAUCGGGUGCACAGAGGGUGUGGAUUAUACCAAUGGCUCCAACAAUUUGCCUGUCUGCCUCCUAUGUACAGUUUGUAAAUCAGGUACAGAAUGUCUAAGUCCCUGCACCACGACCAGAGACACAGAGUGUCGGUGCAAGCCAGGAACUUUCCGGAAUGACAAUUCCACUGAGAUGUGCCGGAAGUGCCCCACAGGGUGCCCCAGAGGUCAAGGUCAUGAUUGUACUGCCUGGAGUGACAUCAAGUGCGACAGUGAAUCAGCUGCCCAUUCUACUGGGAAACCCGCAGCCACAGAGGAGACUGUGACCUCCAGUCCGGGGACUCCUGCCUCUCCCCUUCCCACAACAGUCAUCAUAGUGGUCUUACUUCUAGUGUUCACUCUGUGGCUGGGUCCUGGAGGGGACCCCGAUCGUGUGGACAGAGUCUUUUUCCGGCGUUCAUGUCCCUCACGAGGUCCUGAGGCUGAGGACAAUGUCUGCAACGAGGACCCGAGCAACAGAGAAUCGCAGCACACCCAGGUCCCUGAGCAGGAAAUCGAAGGUCAGGAGCUGAGAGAGUCAGCAGAUGUGACUGUACAGUUGCCAGAGGAGCCACAGCAUCUGCUGGGACAGGCAGAAGCCGAAGGGUGUCAGAGGAAGAGGCUGCAGGUUCCAGUGAAUGACGCUGACCCCACUGAGAUCUCCUCUUCUGUCCUCUCAUUCAAUGCCUUGCUGGAUGCCUCGGCAACACCAGAAAAAGGACAUGCAAAGGAAACAAUUCAGGACCAACUGGUGGGCGCCAAAAAGCUUCUCUAUGCAGAAGGUGACGCAGGCUCUGCUACGUCCUGCCUGUGA